UUUAUGUAAUAUACAUAAAUUCGGUUAUUCUAGUGGAAAGUUUUAAUAUCGUCCGUUGCAGUGCUUUCCUUUAUAAAUGCAUAUAUAGUCGAUAAGCUGUAUAGUGGUGACGUCAAUUUGACGUUAGCGUUCUUUUCAACUUUGAGCUGCAAGUGAACAAACGUGUAAUUACAAUACAGAGAGAAGUAUUUUGAAAAUAUCAAGUUGAAUUACUAUAGUGGAUAUUAAAGUUGGUAUUUUAUAUAUGUAUAAUAGGCAAAGAGAUAUAAUGGAUAAUACAAAAAAUUGUUUUAAUUAAAAAAUUGUAAAAUAGUUAGAAAUUGUUGAAUUUCGAAACGGCGUGGCCGCCACGUGGUGCCGAAUAUGAAAUAAAGAAAAAAUAUUUAAUCACAAUACGACUUAAGUUAAAGAAAUGAUAUUUUUGUGGUGACUUUAUAUUUGGUGAAUAUUUCACCCAGUGAUUCUGCUGCGGAAGUAAUUAUUUCGUAGAACACGACAUACUAUCAAUUCAACAAAAACGAUAAUACAUCGUUUGAACGGCUACAGCUUUAAGAUAUAUUGUCAUUGAUUAAAGACUUUUUGUUACACACACAAACAAACGAAUAAAUUUGAAAUAAGUAAAUAAAUAAAAUUAAUAAAAAUAAAUUAAUAAAUAAAUAUAAUUGUGAGUUUCAGUAUGUUGAGAAGAGGUACCAGGAAGCGUACAGCAUCAGCGAGAGCUGGAGUAAGAAGGACCCCGGUGGUGUCGAAGGGAGUUUCGUCACGGGCGUCAGUACAAUCAUCUAUGACGGUUACAAGGCCUGAGGCUAUCUAUACUACUUCUGGACAUGACGGCGCUGCCAUACCAACAACUGCAACAUUAUCAACGACAAGAAUGUUGAUGCCAACAUUUUCCAGCAAUCAGGACAACUCCGUCCACAUUCCGGACAUGUUAUCAUGGCAACCAAGACCAGCAAUAGACCCCCAGCCAACUGUUGAUAACACACAGUUUGUGUCACAAACAGGCCAAGAAGUGUCAGUAUGGAUAGUAGGCUCAUCUUUGAUAAGAAAUGCAUUUGUACACGCAAGAAGUAGAACAGGUGGUGUAAAUUUAGGUCUCCAUAGAAUAGGAGUCAAAAUUUGGUGGCAAGGGUAUGGUGGCAUGGGUUUAAAAGAUUUGGAAUCGACAAUAAAAAGACUGAUGAAAUAUGAAAAAGCGCCGAAAUAUCUUGUCCUUCAUAUUGCUGGAAAUGAUUUGGGGAAGACAAAAUUAGGAUUUUUAAGGAAUGAAAUCAAGGCCACCUUGGAGAAGGUACAAAGUUAUCUACCGAAUAGUUCGAUUGUAUGGUCUCAGAUUUUACCCAGAACAAAUUGGCGUCAUUCAAAAAGUCAGGAUAGCAUGAUGGCAUGCAGAAUAAGAAUAAAUAGUGCCAUUGCUUCAUUCGUGUUAAAGAAUGGGGGACAUUAUAUAAAGUAUCCAGAUAUUCUUCCUAAUAGUACUUUUUUAAAGGAAGAUGGUGUUCAUUUGACUGAUCUAGGAAAUGACAUAUUUCUAAAUAAUUUGCAAGGUGCGCUUGAAAUGUUUAUUUGUUCUGGUUCUUAUACAUAUCCAGAUACAUUUGGUACUAGUAUGUGUAUAUCUUAAAUAAUUUUAAAACAGUAUUGGCCACAGUCCUAUCGCAGCUUCAUCCCCACUUUAGUGGCGGUUGAUCCGGUACGGUUGAGUUUGACUAUACCGUACCUAAUCAAUUUGGCAACUUCGCUGCGUGUGAUAAACUACAGUUACAGUUGUCUAUAUUUUAGUGACAUUAAAAGUACAUUUUGUGGAUCGCUGUAUCCCAGGAUCCAACAGCUAAGUUAGUUGAUCGCUGUAUCCCAGGAUCAUACAUCUAUCUAUCUAUAUAUAUCUAUCUAGUAUCUGUAGGUUGCCAGAGGUAACCAAAAAAUGAUCUAUACAUCUAUGAAUCUAUACAUCUAUGAAUCUAUCUAGUUGAACAAUUUAUAUCGUUGAAUCUAUAUGUGUACAUAUUUAAAUUUGUGUUAAUAAUAAAAAGCUGUGGUCAAUACUGCCAAUAAAUCUUAGUUUUACAAGCCAUCUCGAAUAAUAGAAUUUAUGUAAUAUACAUAAAUUCGGUUAUUCUAGUGGAAAGUUUUAAUAUCGUCCGUUGCAGUGCUUUCCUUUAUAAAUGCAUAUAUAGUCGAUAAGCUGUAUAGUGGUGACGUCAAUUUGACGUUAGCGUUCUUUUCAACUUUGAGCUGCAAGUGAACAAACGUGUAAUUACAAUACAGAGAGAAGUAUUUUGAAAAUACCCACCCUCCCUCCACCAUAUAUAGUUAAAUCAUGUAGUUUUGUUUGGGUACUGCUCUUUUGUUCUUUUUAUUUUCAGGUACAUGUAUAUACGAGUAGUUAGAGUUCCAGUAUGAAAAAUUCUCCUCCAUUGAUGAUUUGCCAUGUGAUGUCAAAAAUUGCAGUAGUCAGUUAGAUGUUGGUUGUAUAGAAACAUUUGAUCGUUAAAAAGUGAAAAAUGUGUUGGCAACUUCGCUGCGUGUGAUAAACUACAGUUACAGUUGUCUAUAUUUUAGUGACAUUAAAAGUACAUUUUGUGGAUCGCUGUAUCCCAGGAUCCAACAGCUAAGUUAGUUGAUCGCUGUAUCCCAGGAUCAUACAUCUAUCUAUCUAUAUAUAUCUAUCUAGUAUCUGUAGGUUGCCAGAGGUAACCAAAAAAUGAUCUAUACAUCUAUGAAUCUAUACAUCUAUGAAUCUAUCUAGUUGAACAAUUUAUAUCGUUGAAUCUAUAUGUGUACAUAUUUAAAUUUGUGUUAAUAAUAAAAAGCUGUGGUCAAUACUGCCAAUAAAUCUUAGUUUUACAAGCCAUCUC